AUGAACAGUCGCAGUGUGCGCGUGUUCACAGUGGCGAGCGAGUCGCGCUACGUAGUGGUGCGCAAUGUCCCGGCGCUCGGUACGACCGACAAGCAGCACUGGGGGUCGAGGGAAAACGACGACGACGACGAGUUUGCGGAUACGGUGUGGGUGCAAUAUGAGACGGUGAACAAUGCGCGACACGCGAAAGCGCGCGGCGUCCAGAAGCUGUUCUUCGGCAGUCGACUGCAGAUCUCGUACGCGCCUCACUUCGAGACGCUCGAGGACACGAUGGACAAACUAGCGCGGCGACGGCAGUUGCUUCUGUGUCGUGGCAAUCGUAGUGCAAAUUGGAGACCGACAGCAGCGCUACGCGACGGUGCGAGGCAGCAUUCGUGCAAUCCACCAUUACCACCUCCUCUUCCGCCUAUCGUAGCUCAAGACAAGGCUGAGUUCAUCGGUCCACACCUGCCUUCUAGACCUCCGCCGCAGUCUACACUGGAUGGGUCACGACCGCCAACACCGCAGCAUCUGCAGUCGAAGCGAGUCGCACUUGCGAUGACAAACCAGCACCGGGACACGAAACGGCGUCGUAUAUAA